UUGUUGUUUCUCUGUAAUAACAUGUACGGAAUCUGAGUGCCACAUCAAAAGCAACCUACCAAUUGAUGAAUUGAAUGUUAGAUUAGGUUUGAAUUUGAGGCAAAAGAGAGAAAGUACUAUUGCCUUGAUGAUCAUUUGAUGAAAAGAUGAGUUCAUUCUCGAUUACAAGGAAGAAGACGCCUUUUCAGAAGCACAGGGAAGAGGAAGAGGCAAAGAAAAAGAGGGCAGAGGACGAAACAGCUCGUUUAUACGCAGAGUUCGUGGAGUCAUUUCAAGGGGAUAAUGCGCCGGGGUCAAAGGCAUUUGUUAGAGGAGGAACAAUCAAUCCCAAUGAAAGAGUGAAGGUUGAUUCUGAAGGUGGAAAUUCCAAAGAUGGGGUAUCUGGUUCAAAGAAGGGGAGUAGGUAUGUUCCAUCUUUCUUACCACCUCCUAUGGCAACCAAGGGAAGAGAAUAUGACAAAAAGAAGGAGGAAGAGAAGCCAAAGGAGAAAGAGAAGGGUAAGUCACGGAAUAUAGAUCACUUUAUGGAGGAGCUAAAGCAUGAGCAAGAGAUGAGGGAAAGACGAAACCAGGAGCGUGAACACUGGCGAGAUGGGCGUCAUAAUGAAAAUUCUGCUCCGCCUAGCCGAUUUGAUGAGCUGCCUGAUGAUUUUGAUCCAAGCGGAAAACCUGGAUCAUUUGAUGAUGGAGAUCCACAGACAACAAACCUGUAUGUUGGAAAUCUCUCUCCUCAGGUGGAUGAGAAUUUUCUCUUGCGGACUUUUGGAAGGUUUGGACCUAUUGCUAGUGUGAAAAUUAUGUGGCCAAGGACAGAAGAGGAACGAAGACGGCAAAGAAAUUGUGGCUUUGUAGCUUUCAUGAACAGAGCUGAUGGACAAGCUGCAAAGGAUGAAAUGCAAGGGGUGGUUGUCUAUGAGUACGAGUUGAAGAUUGGGUGGGGUAAGUCGGUCUCUCUUCCAUCACAAGCGCUACCUGCUCCCCCACCAGGACAUAUGGCCAUCAGGAGUAAGGAGGGUGCAACUGUUAUUUUGUCUGGUCCCUCGGGCCCACCUGUUACUUCUGUCCCAAGCCAAAACUCUGAGCUGGUUCUUACUCCCAAUGUUCCUGAUAUAACGGUUGUUCCACCUGAUGAUGAUCAUCUUCGCCAUGUGAUUGAUACAAUGGCUCUCCAUGUUCUUGAUGGUGGUUGUGCUUUUGAGCAAGCUAUAAUGGAGAGAGGCCGUGGUAAUCCUCUUUUCAACUUCUUGUUUGAGCUUGGUUCGAAGGAGCAUACUUACUAUGUCUGGAGGCUAUAUUCCUUCGCUCAGGGUGAUACCCUUCAGAGGUGGCGAACAGAACCUUUCAUCAUGAUAACCGGCAGUGGGAGAUGGAUACCUCCCCCUCUGCCAAUAGUAAAAAGUCCGGAGCAUGAAAAAGAUUCUGGAACUACUUAUGCUGCAGGAAGAAGCAGGCGUGUGGAACUGGAAAGAACACUGACUGAUUCACAGAGAGAUGAAUUUGAGGACAUGCUGCGUGCUUUAACAUUAGAGAGGAGUCAGAUUAAGGAAGCUAUGGGUUUUUCUUUGGAUAACGCUGAUGCAGCUGGAGAGAUUGUUGAAGUUUUAACUGAGUCUUUGACACUUAAAGAAACCCCCAUUCCGAGUAAAGUUGCUCGGCUCAUGCUGGUCUCAGACAUUCUUCACAACAGUAGUGCCCCUGUAAAGAAUGCAUCUGCCUACCGCACCAAAUUUGAAGCCACUUUACCGGACAUAAUGGAAAGCUUUAAUGACUUGUAUCGUAGUAUAACAGGAAGGAUCACAGCUGAGGCCCUUAAGGAACGAGUUCUGAAAGUUCUUCAAGUCUGGGCUGAUUGGUUUCUGUUUUCGGAUGCAUAUGUAAACGGACUACGAGCUACUUUUCUUCGAGCUGGGAACUCUGGUGUGACCCCUUUCCAUUCUAUUUGCGGUGAUGCUCCAGAAAUAGAAAAGAAGACCAGCUCUGAGGAUACAGUUGAUGGAGUUAAGACUAACCAAGAUGCUGCAUUGGCUAUGAGCAAAGGAGCAGCCAUGAAGGAGCUAUUAAGUCUUCCCCUGGCUGAGCUGGAAAGACGAUGCAGACACAACGGGUUAUCUCUCGUAGGUGGUAGAGAGAUGAUGGUUGCACGAUUGCUUUAUCUGGAAGAGGCAGAAAAACAGAGGAGCUAUGAACUUGAUGAUGACCUUAAAUAUGCACAGGGCCAUUCAAGUUCAGGUAGAUACUCAAGUGGUAAGAAAGAAGCAAAUGCUGAAAUGGAGGUCGUCGGAUUGUCUGGGUGGAAUAGUUACGGGGAUGAUGAGGUGCGGACUCAAGGCAAAGGAUCUGUACCUUUGGCCUCAACCAUUCCUAUCCCUCAGCCUGAACUAAAAGCCUUUAUGAAUGAAAGGAAAAAUGAUCCCGUUUUGCCAGCCUCUAAAUGGGCUAGAGAGGAUGAUGAAAGUGACGAUGAACAAAAAAGAAGUGCUAGAGAUCUGGGAUUAAGUUACUCAUCUUCUGGGAGUGAGAAUGCUGGUGAUGGUCCCAGUAAGGCCGAGGAGAUGGAGAUUGCAACUGAUGCAAGCAUUCCACCACAACCUGAUACUGGAAUGAAUGAAGAACAGAGACAAAAGUUGAGGCGUCUUGAAGUUGCUUUGAUGGAAUACCGUGAAUCACUUGAAGAGCGGGGAGUAAAAAAUUUGGAGGAAAUUGAGAGGAAGGUUGCAAUUCAUAGAAAGCGGCUACAAUCUGAAUAUGGUUUAUUGGAUUCUAACGAAGAUGUUUCAGACAACAACAAGAGACCUUCAGAGAAGAGGGACAGAAGAAAUGAUGCCCGUGAGUCUUCGAGGAAGCGACAUCGCAGCCAGAGCGGAAGUGAGAGCCCACAUCUCAAGUCAUCAAGCAGAGACAGGGAUAGGGAAAGUGACAUGGACCGGGAUCGGGAAAGGCACCGUGAUAGAGAUAGGGAAAGAAUUCAUGAUUCAGAAAGUGAAAGGGGAAGGGACCGUGAAAAAAGUGGAAGCAGGGAGAGGGAUGACCACGACAGGGAGAGAGGCAGAGAAAGGGACAAGGAUAGAAAGAGAAGGGCGAAAUGAUUUUCUUGACAGAGGGCACUAAUUCACGGUUACAACAGGAUGAUAUGAGUAGUCCAAAUGUCAACUGUAAAAUUGUCUCUCUUGAAGCUGGUCGAUUUGGAUGUUCUGGUGAUGGAAAAGAAAACCUCAAAUUCGACGUAGGUUCGGUCAACUACCAAAACGGUUGCCUGUUUUUACUUACUGGUGGAGACAAUAUUUCAUCAUUUUCCAUUGUCAGUCUUGUAAGGUGGAACUAUGGUUUCUCUUGAAUCUACUUUUUGUAUUGACAUGGGCAGAUGUAUAUUUUUCUAGAAAAUUUAAAAAUCUCGGGGACGUUCAUUCCAUAUAUCAAAUGGGCAGUGUUCAAUUCCAAAAA